AUGACAACGCUGAGGAGGAUGUGCUCGUGGCUGCCUCGCCUGCAGCGGACCCUGCCGCGGAGCAGCCAGAGAGCGGCGGCCGCCCGGCUCCUCCACGCCGCCGCCGGUGGAGGCUUUCCGGCCCGGGGGGCCUCCUCCUCCGCCCAGCCGUCCCGGGGCUUCGGCCUGUCCGCGUGCAGGCCGACCAGCUCCGAUGACCGCUCCGCACACGAGGAGGGCGAGGACUUUUUAAAGGACAGCGAGGUGGAGGAGCUGUUCCAGCUGCAGGCUCCUACGGGGGCCGGUGAGGGACACCACAGGGUGUUCAUCGUCCACCCUGAUGUGAAGUGGGGAAGCCGGAAGCAGCAUCUGACCACCGCUGAACUGAUGAUGGCGGAGGCUGUCGGGCUUGUGAACACCUUGGACAACUGGACGGUUGUGGAUAAGAUCAUCCUCUCCACGAAGACGCCGGAGAAGAAGAGGAUAUUUGGCAAAGGGAACUUCCAGACCCUCACAGAGAAAAUCCGGCAGACAUCUGGAAUCACAGCUGUGUUUGUGAACGUGGAGCGCCUGUCCCCUCUGUCGGAGAGGGAGUUUGAGGAAGCCUGGGGGGUGAAGGUCUUCGACAGAUACUCGGUGGUGCUCCACAUUUUCCGCUGCAACGCCAGAACCAAAGAGGCCAAGUUACAGAUCUCGCUGGCCGAGAUCCCACUGUUAAGGUCCCGGCUGAAAAACGACAUGGUGAACCUGGAUCAGCAAGGAGGAGGAGCGCGAUACAUCGGUGGCUCAGGCGAAACCCUGUACGAGGUGCAGCAGAGGCUGCUGAAGGAACGGGAGAUGAAGAUCUGCUCGGCGCUGGAGAGGCUGCGCAGGAAGAGGCAGCUGCUGCGCUCCCAGCGGCAGCACAGGGAGUUCCCCGUGGUGUCCGUGCUGGGCUACACCAACUGUGGAAAGACGACUCUGAUCAAAGCUCUAACCGGUGACAGCGGUCUCCAGCCCAGGAAUCAGCUCUUCGCCACCCUGGACGUUACUGUCCAUGCCGGCCAGCUGCCCAGCCGCAUGACCGUGCUCUAUGUGGACACCAUCGGCUUCCUAUCCCAGCUCCCGCACCAGCUCAUUGACUCCUUCUCUGCCACCCUGGAAGACAUUAAACACUCGGAUCUUUUGGUUCACAUCAGGGACAUCAGCCACCCAGAGACUGUGAAUCAGAAGGUGAACGUGCUGAACGUCCUGAAGAACCUGCAGGUCCCAGACGGCCUGAUGAGCUCCAUGAUAGAGGUCCACAACAAGAUCGACCUCGUUGAGAACUAUCAGGCGGCGGCAGCAGAGCCCGGCGUGAUGGCCAUCUCCGCCCUGACGGGGCGCGGGCUGGAUGACCUGAGGAGAGCGGUGGAAGAGGAGCUGGUGAGAUCCACCGGGAAACUCAUUCUGAAUCUGGAGGUGAAUCUCAGCACCCCUCGGUUAAGUUGGCUGUACAAAGAGGCCACCGUUCAGGACGUGCAGGUGAACGCGGACGAAGGAUCGGCUGUCGUCAGGGUCAUCAUCAGCACGGCCGCCUACGGCCGCUACAGAAAACUGUUCGGAGGCGGAUGA